CAGACGAUGAAAGAUGGAACGUGUGAGGAUCGAUUGCAGUGUGAAGAACGAAUUGGUGUGAAACAAGGCUGUAUCGAGUUCAUGAAACGAUGCUGUUUAGCGUAUUUGAAUGAACGCAAACAGCGAUUGCAAACUUUUAGAUGGAAAUUCGGUGAAGUGUUACCGUCUGAUAUCAAGGCGAAUCUUUGUCAGGCAGAAAUGGAUUGGUUUAAUCAGUAUACGACUAUGUUGGCCGAAUAUCAAGGUAGCGUAGGGGAGAACGGCGUAAACUUAAUGACGAAUAUGAAACCACCGAAGUCACUUUUCACGCAGGUUCGUGCCAUUGAAGAUUACGGUGAAUUUGAGACAUCUGACGGCACCGUUGUGUUGUUGAAGAAAAAUUCGGUGGUCAGUUAUUUGGAGCCUUCCGAUUUCGUUUGA